CUAGUGGACACAGUCACUGUCAGAGCAGGGCAAGUGUAAGACAACCUCUGGAAACUCUUCACUUUCUCUUUCAGGAUGUCUCUCCUCCGGGGUGUCCUCUCUCAGGUCCUCAGCUGGACGGGCCUCUGGCAGCUGAUGGUUCUGGUCGGUGCCGGACUGGGAGCUGUGGUCUCAGUUUGGACCGUGAAGCUGUUGGUGUGUCACGCCUGGUUCACACACAGACUCUCCUGCUUCAGCAAGCCAUGCUGGCUGUUGGGCCACCUGGGCGAGAUGCAGAGCACAGAGGAAGGCCUCCUGCAGGUGGAUGACUUGGUGCAGAUGUACACACACUCCUGUAGCUGGUUCAUCGGCCCUUUCUAUCACCUGGUCAGACUCUUCCACCCGGACUACAUCAAACCUCUGCUAAUGGCACCUGCCAGCAUCACAGUGAAAGACGAGCUAUUCUAUGGACAUCUGCGUCCGUGGCUUGGACAGAGUCUGUUGCUGAUAAACGGAGAGGAGUGGUCUCGCAGGCGACGGCUGCUGACCCCAGCUUUUCAUUUUGAUAUCCUGAAGAAUUACGUCAACAAGUUUAACACCUCCACCAACACCAUGCACGAUAAGUGGCACAGACUGUUGGCAGAAGGCACGAGUCAUGUAGAAUUGUUUGACCACGUCACUCUGAUGACACUCGACAGUUUACUGAAAUGUGCCUUCAGUUACAACAGCAACUGUCAGCGGUCUUCCUCUGAGUACGUGACAGCCAUAGUGAAGCUGAGUGACCUGAUCAUAGAUCGUCGAACAAAGAUUUGGCACCACUGGGAUUUUAUUUACUGGAAGACUCAGCAGGGGAAAGAAUUCAAAAAGGCCUUAAGCAUCGUGCACAGGUUUACCAUGGAGGUGGUUCAGAAGCGUCGAGCCCUGAUCAGCCAGCAGAAGAAGACAGGAGCAGAUUUCACCGCAGCACCACAGAAGAAGAAAGAUUUUGUGGACAUCAUACUGCUGUCAAAGGAUGAGCACGGACGAGGCCUCACAGAUAAGGAGAUUCAGGCGGAUGCAAACACCUUCAUGUUUGCAGGUCACGACACAACAGCCAGUGCGAUUAGCUGGACGCUGUAUAAUUUAGCGCGCCACGAAGACCAUCAGGAGAACUGCAGGCAGGAAGUGAUGGAUCUGAUGCAAGGACGAGAAACACAUGCAAUACAGUGGGAGGAUCUGGCCAACCUCCCCUUCACCACCAUGUGCAUCCGAGAGUCUCUGCGGCUGCACUCUCCUGUGCUGGCUGUAACCAGGAAGUACACCAAGGACAUGGACCUGCCCGGCAACUGCACCGUACCCAAGGGUGCCAUCUCUCUGGUCAGUAUUUACGGGACGCACCACAACCCUGCUGUCUGGACAAACCCACACGAGUUUGAUCCUCUGCGUUUUGAGCCUGCCAACACAGAGGGCCGGUCUUCUCACGCUUUCAUCCCCUUCUCCUCUGGCCCCAGGAACUGCAUUGGUCAGAAAUUCGCCCUGGCAGAGCUGCGAGUCGUCGUGGCGUUGACCCUGCUCAAGUUUCGUCUGACCCCGGGAUCUGACCCUGAAAUGGGGAGCAGUUCAGGGGGAGUCCGCCGUCUCCCCCAACUCGUGCUACGUGCAGAGGGAGGAUUGUGGCUGCAGCUGGAGACGAUAAACAUGGAGGAGCUGCAGGACGAAUGAAUCCUGUCACUUUGGUGUUACUACAUGCAUUCUGAGCUUUAUUUUCAACACUUAAAAAAGGAAUGUAGUGUACAUUUAGAUAGAAUUUUUGUGAAUGGUCAUCGUGCAGCUCCAGAAAACCUGUAACUAAAUGUAACUCAAGUUAAUUUUGCUAUUACUUUGCCUGUUUCCACUAUGUUAGCUUAAUGCAAUGUUAUGUAAUAAAAAUGUAUUGAUAUAUGAAAAAACAUCAUUUUUAAUAUAAUGAUAAAAGUGCUUCUGAAGUGGAGAAUUCUUGCUCAAUACAUUUAGCAAACUCCCAAAAUGUACCUGCAAAAUAGCCUGUAGUUGUUCUGGCUACAGUAACAACAUCAGGCCACUAGAUGGCACUAGACUAUUUUUGGUUUUGUAAUUUUGGGAGUAUUUUUUAAUACUUUU